AUUCUUGCGAGUCUCAUUCAUGAAUAUAUUUCCCUUCUAUCAUUGAAGUCGUCCAGAAAGCAAGUAGUGAGUGGCAGUGAGAGAUGAGAGACCAAGUAUUAAGUCAGGAUACAGGUAAACUGUUGAAUAGGGCGAAGCCUUUCCUUGCUGUCGUUUUCUUGCAAUUUGGUCUUGCAGGGAUGGACAUCCUUUCUAAGGUUGCUCUGAAUGAGGGGAUGAGCAAUUAUGUAUUCGUUGUCUACCGCCAUGCAAUUGCCACCAUUGUCAUGGCCCCUUUUGCAAUCAUUCUGGACAAGAAAAUAAGACCAAGGAUGACUUUCUCAAUCUUAGCCAAAGUAAUGCUGCUCGGCUUACUGGAACCAGUAAUUGACCAGAACCUGUACUUCAUGGGGAUGAAAUACACCACAGCAACAUUUGCAGCUGCCAUGUGCAACAUUCUUCCGGCCAUAACCUUUCUGAUGGCUUGCAUCUUUAGGCUUGAGAAGGUAAAAUUCAACAGCAUCCGCAGCCAAGCUAAGAUAGUCGGAACUGUAGCCACAGUUGCAGGAGCAAUGAUCAUGACGCUAGUAAAAGGCCCACUUCUAGAGCUGUUUUGGACGCGCGAAAGAAGCAAUCAUGAACUCAGAAAUGGUGGUAUAAAUCUUCAACAUUCAAUUAAGGGUUCCCUCAUGAUCACAGUCGGAUGCUUCAGCUGGGCUUUCUUCAUGGUUCUGCAAGCAAUCACGCUAAAGACAUAUCCCGCUGAGCUUUCACUCACUGCAUGGAUAUGCUUUUUUGGAACAGCUGAGGGAGCCAUAGUGGCACUAGUAAUGGAGCGGGGAAAAUCCAACAUUUGGUCUAUAAACUGGGAUACUAAAUUACUGGCAGCUCUCUACAGUGGAAUAGUUUGUUCAGGCCUUGCUUAUUACAUUCAAGGAGUAAUAAUGAAAGACAGGGGCCCUGUUUUUGUUACUGCUUUCAAUCCGUUAAGCAUGAUCAUCGUAGCUGUCUUGAGCUCCUUUAUUUUGGCUGAGCAACUGUACAUGGGAAGAGUAAUUGGCGCCAUUGUCAUAGUAGCAGGACUAUACCUUGUUGUCUGGGGAAAAAGCAAGGAUUACAAGUCCUCAUCCCCAUCAAUUGAUGAGCAAGCAACACAAGAUAAGCAAACGAUGGAUGCAGGCACCAAUGGAGAGAAAGAUUCUUAUCAUGAGAUCAUCACCGUCAACCCAUCUAGCAAAGGAAUUGCAAACAGAGAUGAAACAAAUUUAUGCUAAAAUGAAUCACAUGACAGGGUAGCUUUCAAGUUCUAAUGAGGGAUCAACUUCCCUGCACUUCCAUAACUUAAAAGAAACAAAAGCAGUAAUGGACCUCACAUUACUGUGGCAUCCUUCUUUCAAAACGUGAUGUUUAUUGCUGGUAGUUUUUAAAUACAGGGCGUUAAUUCGGAUAGGAUGCAAGAAAAUGAUUAUGUCAUGGUGCAAAAUCCAAUGAGUUGUUAAUUUGAAGUCCACCUUAUGAUCAAAUUGAUUAUGAUAUAAGCUAAAUUUGUUUUGAUCUUAGAAAUGACAGACAUUUUGUCAACCAAAUAUUGACUAAAAAUUUGCAAGUUCUCAAUCAGAUUCUCUGACAUAGGCAUCCAACUUAUUACAGUUCGGUAACGC